AUGGGUGCUGGUCAAUCAACCACGACCACAGAGGGUAGAUCGUCUCCCGAGGAGAUGAGCCACUUGCUGGCUCAGCGGUUUGCUUCGAAAUGCUUUACGCCCCUCGAACUCACCCAUUUAGAAGACAACUUCAACUCACAGGCUUUGGACGAGCAUGGCCUUCGAUAUUGGAACGAAGAGAUCCUGUCACGCUUUUUGGGAAUACCAGAUGGAGCAGGAGAGAAAGCCAGUCCGCAGACUGAUGCCACACUUGACGCUGGCCCCGUUUUAUUUCGCAUGGUGUCUUACCUGGGAGCAUUCCCGUUCCAUAACACGCUCGCACCCAGCGUCCUUACUUAUGAUGCUAUCGUGAAGGUCAUCGUGCUUUUAACUGAGAGGUAUGGACGAGUUCUAAAGAGAGGUCGAAAGGAUCGAAUGAAGCUGCUGUUUGGGAGUUUGGCCGAUGUUGGUCGUACGCAGACAGAAAAACAGCGAGAAACAUCUCAAGUCGAUACUAAGAUGAGCAGUGAUGAGGCCUAUAGUACAGACGGGGCCUCUUCUAAUAUUACGGGAUUCAGUAUUGAUGCACCUGCUAAUGAUGGAGAGGAGGAAGACGACGAUGAUGAUUUAGCCCUGGCUGCUUUGGAAUCCUUGGACGCAAUUGAAGUAUUCAAGCAUGAUCAGCGCCUUGAUCGAAGCGUGUACAAGGCACGCAUUUCCGUUAGCACGUUUCGGAGACUGCUAGCCCUGCUGCUCGUUAUCGCACCGCUGCAUCCCAUGGGACGACGUCAGAUGAUUCAAACAGAUGCAGAGUCAAUCGACGCAGUUCAGCCCAGUUGGAUAGCAUCAUGCAGCCUUGGAGAUGAAGCCAACGGCGAUGGCCAUUACUUAUCGGACUUUUCUAGGGUUAUCACGACAUCUCUUCCAUUCCUCUUUGAUCCACUAACGCCGCUUUUCGAGCAUUUCCUAUUCAGCAAAAAUCUAGAUCUAUCGAAGCGGAAGGACUCACAUCAGAGCCAUGAGGAAUCGAACUCACCAUCCCCGCCUCCUUCGCCUCAUUUGGAGUGCGUCUUCCUCCCAGGCCACUUUGAGACGAACAUACUUAACUCUGCGAUCCUAUCCCACCUCUCAUUCUUUCUUUCCACUUCAUAUCCAAUCCCCAAUCUUUUCCGCAAUCAAACCCGUUUGCACCCCGUUUUCUCUUCGGAUUUCCAUGGCGAAUCUCUCACGGCGUUUUCGCAUCAUGUUUUGACCUGGCAUGCCCCUAGUCUUCUUUUAUUGAAGGGUGUAACCGGCUCGUCUUCCUCGAAACAAGAGACUGUUUUGGCCGGAGCAUACCUGCCAGAGCCUUGGAAACGAUCUACAAGCCCUCUUUCCACCCCGAUGUCAGACUUUCUGGAUACUUCCAGAUUCCCUUGUCUUUUCCAGCUCCUACCAACCCACACCGUCCUCCAAGCAGCGCCGGCUUUCAAGUCCCUCAAAUCCAACAUGCCCGUCGUUUCAUUCUCCACGAAUUCUGGUAUCGCCGUCGGAUGUAUGAUUCCCCCUUCUUCACGCACAUCACUAAACAAUGAACUUCAACCCCGACCCAGCGGUGGAGGUAGUCUGAUCAUCGAUCCGGCCCUUGAGAACGCCACAUUUUACGUCUCUGACGGACUCCACGGGGACGGAGUAUUCCUCCCUCCAGGUCUUUCGCCCUCGUCAUCACUCUCACUCUCAGCAUCAGCAACAUCCUCCACGAUGUCUAUAUCCAUACAUUCCAUCGAGGUAUGGGGCGUGGUGCCCACGCCAGCGGAACUGGAUGCGAAUCUCGAUCCCAAUUCCCCAAAGGAUGCUAUUUCGAUGCAGAAAGCGAUGUGGGAUUUUGAGGCUCGGGAAGCUGAAAGAAGGAAGACGAUCCAUUUGAACGUUGGCGGGGGUGAUAGUGAGGCGCAGACUGGACGGGCGUUGUUGGAAAUGGCUGGAAUUAUUGGCGAUUCGCAGUACAGCCCGCGAAGGCGUUGA